AUGACAGUUCCUCAAGCUGUGGACAUUACUCUAACCCUAAGUCAAGAUCGAAAUGUAGUAGCACCUGCUACACCUGAUAUUGUUUCUUCUGACGGAGAAAACCCUUUUGAACGUAGGGCUAAUGAAGAGUCGCUUUAUUUUAGACCCUCACAUCAUCACCUUGAUGCUCCUACACUGAAACGUUCAACUUCAAUUUCUUCAAUCAGUUCCUACGCGUCAUCUAUUCCCGAUACUUCAAAACGUCCCGGCAACUCAACUCCUGACUCUGAUGUUUCAGAAUUGGCGCUUGGAGAGUCAGGAGCUAUAGCUCAGAACUGGUUUGCCAGUGGUACACUUUCUGCAGAGGGUCGCUGGUUCAAAGAUGAGCAGGGUAGAAUUUGUUUAUUACGUGGAGUGAAUCUCUGCGGACACUCAAAACUACCUACUGUUCCUAACGGCUCAACGUAUUUAAGCGAAGGUUUUUUUGAUCAUCGAAAUGUAUCUUUUAUUGGACGUCCGUUUCCUCUUGAUGAAGCUGCACAACAUUUUGCUAGACUAAAAACUUGGGGUUUAACCUUUGUUAGGCUUUUGGUUCCUUGGGAAGCUUUGGAACAUGCUGGACCUGGCAUUUAUGAUGAUGAAUUUAUUGACUAUUUGAUCGGCAUUAUCGAAGAGAUGCCAAAAUACGGCAUUAAAUGUUUCAUAGAUCCGCAUCAAGAUGCAUGGUCUCGUUUUUCUGGAGGAUCUGGUGCGCCUGGGUGGACCUUUGAAGUUGCAGGCAUGGAUAUUACUAAUUUCAAAGCUACCGGUGCUGCUUAUGUGCAAAAUGUCCAUCAUCAAGCCGGCGAUCCUCCUCAGCCGAUGGUUUGGCCAACAAAUUAUACAAAGUUAGCUAGUAGUACCAUGUUCACGCUAUUUUGGGCAGGCGAUGUGUUUGCUCCUAAUGCCACAUAUCAAAAUAAAAACCUUAAAGAAUAUCUUCAGGGAAAAUUCAUCGAUUGCUAUAAAUAUUUGGCAAGGCGCUUACAACAUCUGGAUGCUGUUAUGGGAUUCGAGAUGAUGAAUGAACCUCAUCAAGGUUAUAUUGGUCUCAAGAAUCUUGACCAAUUUGAUCCAAUAACAACACUUGUUUUUGGUGACUCCCCUUCUGCACUUCAAUCAUUCGCCUUAGGCGACGGCAUUUCUCAAGAAAUUGAAGUAUGGGUUAAAUCAUGGCCAUAUCCAACUAAAAAACACACUACAAAACUACUGAAUUCGGAGUGUGAACGUGCAUGGCUGGAUGGGCAUGAAUGUGUCUGGCGACAACAUGGAGUCUGGGAUGUUGAUGCCAAUGGAAAACCAAGAGCUUUGAAACACGGUUAUUUCCUGAACCACCCACAAACAGGAAAAAAAGUGGAUUUUUACCGAGAUUUUUACUUGCCAUUUAUUAACAAGUAUGCCGAAGGAAUACAAAGUGCAAAGCAGGAUUAUUUUAUAUUUAUCGAACCCCUUCCGAACGAGAUGCCACCACAAUAUGAAGCCACAGAUCAUCAUAAGGGUAUAAUAUAUGCUCCACAUUGGUAUGAUCUUAAAUCUUUGUUUACAAAAAGUUUUGAUGGACUUAUAACACAUGAUGUUCAGGGUCUAUCAAAGGGUAAGAAUGUAAUAUCAUCCACUUACUUUGGUCUUACAGGAGCCAAAAAAAAUUAUACAGGUCAAGUAAAGAACAUUGUACAAACUGGGCUUCGAAACGUCGGCCAAACGCCAUGUGUGAUUGGCGAGUGUGGAAUUCCUAUGGAUAUUAAUGACAAAAAAGCAUUUGAGACGGGUGAUUACACCCAUCACAGUAAUUUUCUGGAUGCCGUACUUUGUGCAAUGGAGCGAAAUUUAGUAAAUUUCACACUUUGGAAUUAUAACCCACUCAAUGACAAUACUCAUGGCGAUCAUUGGAACGGCGAAGAUUUUUCAAUAUAUUCACCUUUACCAAAAUCCAAAACAAUUUCCGAUACAAUCACAACCGAAACUAAAAUUUCCAAAUACUCCAAAAACGGAACUACUAAUACCAAAACCACCAUCAAACAAAAAAGAACAUUCCAAAAACUAGAAAUUCAGACUACACUCGAAAAUACACAAAUCCAAUCAUCCAAUGAUAGUGAUAAUAACGAAAGCGCUGAAUCACAAUUAAGUCCAACAAGUCCGACCACGCCUUUUGAUUUAACACAGGUACACUUUUUGGAUCAGAGUGAUGGAACAGAUGAAGAUCACCAUCAUCAUAUUGGGGGUAGAGUUUUAGAUGCGGUAUUGCGACCUUAUGCUGCCAAAAUUGCCGGCGAACCAGAAUCAAUGGUUUUUAAUUUAAAGAAUUUAAAAUUCACCCUCCAAUUUAAGAAUUACUCCGCUUCAACACAUCCAAUAUAUCAAGCUGGAAACAACGAUCUUGCACCUCCCGAAACAGAAAUAUUUAUCCCGAAUUACCAUUACAAACAACGCUAUCUUGAUAUUCGUGUUUCCGACGGAGAUUGGAGAUACGUAAAAAACAGACAGACCUUAUAUUGGCGAGUUAAAGACUGGAAAACUCCUGGGUUAAUACAUACCUUAAGAGUAAGUGUUGUCGAUCCGAAUAAAGUGACCGAUGAAAAGGCGGCACUGAAUUCCCGAGAAGGAAUGGCCGAAGAAAUCGCUAAAAAGAAUCGCAAUAGCCACAUCUCACAUACUUCUCAAUUGCCAUUACUUUUAUUUGGUAUAAUUGCUGUUGGUGUCGCGGUUCUUGUUUCUCAAAAUAUCGACUUGUCUUUUAAAAUACCAUCACCUCUUGAUUGGCUAGUUUGGUAA